UUUCCCCGCCCCCCUCCCCCGACCGCCGGGGCCAGAUAACCAGUUUGAGGGCGCUAAUUAAUGACGUGUAAAAUUCCUAGUGAGACAACUUUGAGAGUUUCCACAACACAUAAAAUACGUGAAAGCAAUCUCAAUGAAAAGAACAAAAACCAAUUUACAAAACUAAAACAAACAAAAGGACUUUCGUCAUCAAAAACGCCAACGAAUUCGAACUGUAUUCCAGCUUACCACAAAGGCUAUUGUUCAAAAUACGGUUCACUGAUUGGACACAGUGGGUAACACAGGUGGCGUGCUGUUUACCCUUUUCACGAGGCGCGUGACACUUUGAGGCAAGCAAACAUUGGGAUUUCUGGUUCUUGUUUCGUAAAAAUCUUACUGUAAAAUUUGAGUUUGACGCCUGUGUACCUUGAACAUUCUUUCUUCGACAGCUGAUAAAUCAGGUCUUGGACCAACGCUGUGGAACAGCGAUUCUUCUGAUUGAUAUUAACGCUGUGCUGACAGGAAAUAAUUUUCCUGAAAAUGCACAAACGUGCGAGAAGACUUCGCAUGCAGGAGCUUGCACUUGGAAGAAGCACGUUGUAUCUUGCCAAAUAAGAAGUGUGGCAUACUACGUGUGGUAGAAGACUUUCAAUAUGCAUCGCAAGAUAAAAUACGGUAUAGUGCUAUUACAAUGGAAAAUGAUGUUUCUCACGAGAAGGGAACUUCAUCUCGUCGGAAUACUAGCAUCUGCUUUAAUAACUACAUUAAUUACUGGAGUGUUCGUCAAGUCUUCGCACUCUACCGCGCCUCCCAGAUUUCCCAGCGGCUAUAUUCCUCGCCACGAUUGUAAAUCUUGGAAAACAACUCCGCAGCACAAAACUACUUUGAUUACCAAGACUGCUUGUGAACGAGGCUAUUUCCUUCUUAUCCUGGUCUCGACUGCACCGGCAAAUUUGGAACGGAGAAACUUAAUUCGUCAAACUUGGGGUGCUGAUAAUAACCUGUCUGCCCCCCAGUGGAAGACAUACUUUCUGAUUGCUCAAACGGCGAAUCAAACGCAUUCGGAUUUGGUCAAAACAGAAACUAAGAACUACAGCGACAUAAUCCGCGGUUAUUAUUUUGAAGAUUACUGGAACCAGAGUUUGAAGAUACAGAUGGCUUUCGAAUGGGCAGCCAGAUAUUGUGAGUUUUCGUUCCUAUUGAAAACAGACGAUGACGUGCUAGUUAACACAAGAGAUUUGAUAGGAUUCUUGCAGAGAGGAUCAACUCCUAAACAAGGGCUUUUUAUGGGAAAACUGCACCACAAUCCUAUAGUACGUCGAGAAGGGAAAUGGAAUGUCAGUUAUCAAGAGUACAAUCACACACACUAUCCAGAUUUCUGUAGUGGUGCAGGCUUUGUUAUGUCGUACGAUGUUGUCGGGUGCCUGGUUCCUUUAUUUGAUGUGAUCAAGCGGUAUAGAAUGGACGAUGUCUACAUUGGAAUGCUAGCCAACGCGUCCGGUGUGAUAGCGGUGGAUCACAGCGGAUUCUAUAUGCCAAUUGAUGGCUACGAUGAUUGUAAUUUUGUGCCAAAGACUCUUGUUCAACAUCGAGCUACUGGACAAUGUUUGCUGAAACUGUUACGUAUGCACAAUAACGGUCUUUUUUAUUAUAGAAAUAUAGGGUAUUAUUUUUGAUGUUUUUUUUAUUUUUAUUUUACAAAAUACUAUCUGCUCCCGUUUUUCUUACACAUACAAUGCGUUUUUGAGUUUUAUCAUCAAUGCCCCCAGUCAUUAUCCUAUCAAGAGGUCUUGAUAGAUGAAUCUAAGAUGAAUUUUCUUUUCCUCCUUGUGGCUGUUGUACUUUUCCUUUCCUUAAAUGUGACACAAAAAAGGAAGGACAAAAUACAAGCACGAAUCAUAAUAGUGAUGGUCACAAUAUUUGGGCUAACAAAGUGUAAAAUGAAGUUAUUAUGUAGUACUAAGUAGUAAGAGGACAUAGUCCUUGCAAAUUGUUCUUGAAAGCUAUGGAAGUUUGAAUAUUCCUAGACUCGUCUGGUAUAGAAUUCCACAAUUUUGAUGCAGUUUAUCUCCAUGAUCAUAAGCCGUAAGUUGUUGAUUUCGGCAAUUUUGGAAGGUCCACUACAGUCAAUCUUUAGUCAAUCAAUACCUCUGCACGAGACUCCGGGGGAUAACUACAGAGUUUGUGGCGUUUAUUUCCCGGGGCCUCGUGCUCAGGUCUGUUGUUUUAGACUUUUAUACAUAAUUUUCGACUGAAUUUUAAUAUAUCGAAAUGGGGCUGUUUACACUUUUUUGAGUUCGACUGGCCCGCGGAUAGCUAGUGCUAGUCCAGGCCGGCCAGUCUAUCAAGAUCUAAUGACAAAAGUUUUUAUUGGUAAAAUGAUUACAAUCAAAAAUUAGGAAAAUUUAAAUAAAAUAGAAAGGUGGGAAAAGAAUAUGAAAAAAAGAAGUGAGGGGUUAUCAGAUAAGUUAGAAAAUAUAUAUGUAAAUUAUUAUUUUUUUUUUAAUUCUUUUUUAUUUACUUUUGAUAAUUUAAUCGUGUGUAGCUCAAUAAAGGAACCUUCCUCUUCGAGAACGCUUAGUAGUAUAUAUUUUUUGAUUCUGAGUUUGAAUGAAUUGUUUUGGUAGUUCUCUCAGAGAGCACAGUAUCUCAUUCCAUAGUUUACCACCACCUCUUGAAAAGGCGUUUUUUUGUUUUCAAGUUUUGAAAUCAGUACAUGUAACGUGCCUCUAUUAUAAGGUUAUAUUUUUAUGUGGAACGCCUCAAUGGUGUUAAAUUAAUCACGUGAACUGGCUUGUCCAGGUCACAUAUCUAAAAACAACGUACUUAUGCAAGCAGUCGCAAGCAGUCGGUGUUUAUUAACACAGUUGCUGUAAUUCUGAACUUACACGUCAAUUUAGGCAGUAAAAUGCACAAAGAAACAAUUCAACGAAAUGGAUCCUUUGUGACUUCACGAGAAACUGUCAGUCUCACUGAUCUUGUCAAAACAGAAUUGCUCUUAUCUGAAUUUUACAUCGCACUCUAUUUGAAACGCUUUGUCAUGUCUUGAAAUAACUUUUUUCUCGAGACCUUGAAGAUCAUUUCUCGUCAUUCUCAUUGAUCUCUUCAGAACAAACAACAGUUCACUUACAAUGUAAAACCAGCCGCCAUGUUUACUCUGUCAGAUUCUCAUUCUAGUAAUUUUAGUUUUGUUAUUCACCUCUGGAAAUUAUACUUAAGCAAUUAUUUACCCCGAGCUACUAUGAGUAAAAUUGAAAUAUCUUUUUUUAAAUAAAAUACUGGAAA